AUGGUAUUAACACAGCAGAGAAGAACAUCUACCUCCGAAGACGAAUUUCCCACUGCUCAGCUUUUCCUUCUAGCGAUAUGUCGUAUCGCAGAGCCCAUUGCCCUCACAUCCAUCUUCCCGUACUCAUGGGUUAUGGUCAAGGACUUCAAUGUGGCUGAUGACAACAAUGCGUCUUUCUAUGCCGGUAUCCUUGUCUCCACCUUCUCACUUUGUGAGGCUCUUACGGGUAUGUUUUGGGGAAGCCUGUCGGAUCGAGUCGGCCGCAAGCCUGUUCUUAUCUCAGGUUGUUUCGGCACCAUGGCAUCCCUUCUCAUGGUUGGAUUCGCAACCAACUUCUGGGUAGCUUUGCUCGGUCGAGCUUUAGGUGGUGUACUCAACGGAAAUAUCGGAGUUAUCCAGACCAUGGUCGGCGAGUUGGUUAAAAACCCCGAACACGAACCUCGAGCAUAUGCUAUCAUGCCGUUCUUCUGGUCGAUUGGAACUAUCAUCGGCCCAGCUAUUGGAGGUUUACUUGCAAAGCCUGCGGAAGGCUAUCCUACUUUCUUCUCUCAGAACGGGCUUUUUGGGACAUUUCCCUUCUUGUUGCCUAAUUUGGUCUGCUCUGCUUUGCUUCUUUGCAGCAUCAUUUUUUGCUGGCUUUUACUGAACGAGACACACCCUGAUAUGCAACCUCGAAAUGGAGUUGCAGCAGAGGGCCAUGGUAGCACAUCUGUCACACAUCCUCUACUGGCCACUUCAGGACCAAGUACAACUGCAGGAGCUGAUUUACGAGCCGAGUCUUACGGGACUUUCAAUCAUGUGCAUCUCCACGAGGAUCAGGAUUGGCAUGUGCGCUCUGAUGGCUCGAUAGACUCGAGUUCGCAACGAAAGACCGUCUUCACGUGGCAGGUGACCAUGCUUGUUCUCGCUUUGGCGAUAUUCACCUAUCACUCGAUGACAUACGAUCAUCUGCUACCUAUCUUCCUGCAAGAUAAGAGGGCAGUCGACGUCAAUUCAUUGACUACCCCGGCUCUUCGAUUCCCCGGUGGAGUCGGCCUUUCGACUAAGUUCGUUGGUUUGAUUAUGUCUUGUGACGGUCUUAUUGCGUUAUUCAUCCAGAGCCUUGUAUUCCCAGUUCUGGCUCAUUAUAUGGGGGUGUGGCGACUAUUCGUCUUCGUCACCAUUAUGCACCCUCUUGCUUAUUUCAUGGUCCCGUUCUUAAUCUAUGUUCCUCAAGACUUCAUCUUCACCGGUGUCUUUGGAUGCCUGGCUGUUCGCAACGUUCUCUCAAUUAUCGACUAUCCAGUCCUCCUGAUCCUCAUCAAACAAGCCAGUCCUUCUGGUUCAGUUCUGGGCAAGAUCAAUGGGCUCGCGGCAUCUGCGGGUGCACUCUCACGCACCUUGGCUCCGCCAAUUGCCGGGUUCUUAUACAGCACCGGUGUCAGGAUGCAAUGCACCGCCCUCGCGUGGUGGGGGAGCACUCUAGUUGCCAUUAUUGGGGCAGUGCAAAUGUGCUUCAUCCAACAGAAGAAGCACAGCUCUAUUGUUGUGCAGCCUGCUGCGCACUGCCGUUAUGCACCAGAUGCAUCUACGUGGAAGCAAGAAGCUGUUCAUAUCAUCGUGACAGAAGCUGAAGCCGACAUUGGCCAUCAAGCCGAGAGGAACUUGCAUAUGGUAGAAGAAACUUACAACGGGCUUGAAUUAUAG